UUCAAUACUUCUACGUUUGCUCGGUAGACUUGAUAUUAAUUUCAUUCAUAAAUAUUUUUAAUUUAAAUUUGAAUCAAAAUGUCAACAAUCAAAUCAAAAUGCGAAUUGGAUUAUUAUGCAAUUCUCAACGUUCCUCGUGAUGCAACCAAAGAACAAAUAACGUUGUCAUAUAGAAAAUUAGCAAUCAGUUGUAAUCCACAUAGAAAUAGCGAGCACGAUGAAGACUUUAUACCCCAGAGCUGGCAAGGAGAUUUAGACCAUUUAAAUGGAUUAACAAGAGAAAAACAAUGGGCUUAUAUUAAUAUGGCAUACGAUGUUUUAUCAAAUCCAUUACGUCGUGAAAUUUAUGAUCGAUUUGGGGAAGCAGGCUUAUUUCGAGGUGUUCCCUUACCAAAUGGAUAUUUUCCUCCCUACAUGUAUCAUGGAGAUCAUUUGAAGGUGUAUCAUUCUGUAUUUGGUUCAUAUUCGCCGUUUGCAAAUUUAAUAGAUGUUGCAACAAACCCACCUCCAUUGUAUUCUAAUAAAAAUGGUCAAGGUGUUCGAAUUAAAGAUUUGCCGGUAGAAAAAAUGAUUCCUUUAGAAUUAAAAGAAGUUUUCUUUGGAACGAUGAAAAGAAUGAAGAUAUUUCGUCAAGAAUUUAUUGAUGAUCUUCAAACUGUUACUGAAAAAAGAGAAAAGACUAUUUUGGUGAAUAUUCCUGCAGGAACAAAAGCAGGUACAAAAUUCAUUUUUUCCAAUGAAGGUGAUCGCAGUCCAACAACAAUACCAGCAGAUAUAAUUUUUAUAACUAUUGACAAACCAAAUGAAGAUUAUAUUCGCGAUGAAAAUAAUUUAAUUCAUAUUCAUGAAAUCAGUUUGUUUGAGGCUUUGGUUGGCUUUCGAUUUUCUUUGCAAACAAUUGAUGAUAGAAAAAUAGUUACGCUGAUAACAGAUGUUGUUGAUCAAAAUUAUGAAAAAAUAAUUUAUGGUGAAGGUUUGCCAGUAUUAAAUGCAGAAAUGGAUGGACUGGAAAAGGGAGAUCUAAUUCUACGUUUUAAAAUUAUUUUUCCUGCAAUUAUUCCGCGUCAUUUAAAAUGUGAACUCAAAACUUUAUUUGAUGAAAUUGAUGAAGAAAAUAAGAACAUUAUAUAAAUUCUGUGAAAACUUUUCAAUUAGGUAUAUGAAACCUUUUAAACAAACCAUUUGGCCAGCAAAACAAAAGCUAAUUUCAAACAGUAUAAUAUUUAAUAAAUGUAUCCAUUGAAAUUCAGUAAAUAAACAAUGAACAUUAAUUUCAAUAAUAACCA